AUGGUGAAGCAGAAAAACCACACGGCCCGUAACAACACGGUGAAGGCUCACCGCAAUGGUAUCAAGAAGCCAAAGAUCCACCGUUUUACCUCUACGCGUGGCCUUGACCCCAAGUUCCUGCGCAACCAGCACUGGGCCAAGAAGUUUGACAAGAAGCACCGCAACCGCAAGAAUAAGAACAAGGAGGAAUAA